AUGGGCUCGCUGCAGCCGUUUAUGCUGAAUGAACUUUUCUUAUAUUCCUACCAGUCUCACUUCGGUGCAAAGUUAGAAUAUCUGCUGUCGUCAAGAGCGGAGAUAAUCAGUCGCAUGCAUAGACCUCCUCCUGCUGAAGGCAACAAUUUGGAAGAACUCUUAGGAGAGGAGCCGGUACCACCUAUUCCUGUUCCUAAGCCGAAUGUUCCGGUUUGGCCAGACGAAAAAGCUGCAGCAUAUUGUGCCCUUACUCCUCCACUAGAAACCUUUAUGGUUGUACCGGAUGAAAUUCGACGGGACCAAUUUUUCCGCACUGCACGCCAGGAUGACAUGCUGAUCGGUUGUGUUAGUGCAAUCCAAGAUUCUGGUUUGAUAAUAACGUUGUUGGCGUACGACCAAGGACCUCGUCGUGAUUUUGAUGGACUUAGACUGACAGGUUUUUGUCCAGUUCGUCAACUCCCAAAGUAUGCUACACAUGGAAAUGCACUUGAUGCUUUCCAAAUGGGGGAUAAAGUAAGGGCUUUUAUUCUGGAUGUCCACCAUUCUGGUCGCCUGAUACUGAGUAUGAAUGAUAAAGCCCUUAACACGGAUAUCUACGGCAAUGUUACCCUUGGUAUUAUAUCGGAUGAUGAUUUGCCUCUGCACUACAGAAAGUUGCAGAAUCUAGAUGGGAAGUCAUUCGAAGCGUGCCUUGAAGGAACCCCACAGUUUCGUAAUCCCGAUGGACUUCGUGUCCUUUGCUCAAGAUUUGGCAUUCCUCGUGCUUCUGCGUGCAGUUUGCUGUUGUCGAUGGCGAGGAUAAACCUCCCGAAGCCCGAAAUGGCUUGUGAACUCCGGCGAGUGCAACUUUACAAUAUGUCAAUGAGGCAUGUGGCACAGGGGGUCAAGUAUUUCAAGGACGGUAGGAAUACCGAAGCCCUUCAGUGCUACAACUUUGCCAUCGAAGUCGAAGGCAGUAAUGCCGACGCCUAUGUCGCUCGUGGUGCUUUGUAUGCAUCCAUCGGGACUUACAUCAAAGCACUGGAUGAUUUGGAGAAAAGCUUGGUACUGCAACCUAAUCAUGCAAAUGCAAAGAACUAUCUCGGCCAAACACUUCUUGCCUACGCCUGCGAGUUAUCUGCUAAAGACCCUUCUAAAGCUGAACAACUUCUUAAACGCGCGUUAACUCUGGACCCUAACAACGAGGAGGCUCGUGAAGCACUUCGAGAUCUACCCGGAGGUGGUAACAGUAAUAUUGGUGGCGCCCAAAGUCGUGAUGUCAGUAUGCGUUCGUGGUCCCGCUCGCCCUCCCCAGCUGUAAGCAAACGAAACAAUGCGCCUGCAGUGGUGACUGCGGCCGCACAGCGACACGGUGGGGGCACAGACCUUUCUCCGCCCGGUUCCCCUCCUGUGCAACGCGGAAACCAGUAUUCUCAUUUCGAACGUUCCCGUGCUACGCUCGAACAGCUUGUUAGCGAAGAUCGUUCUCGACGCGAGGCGAUGCGGAGAGGUCGUGGAGCCUCUGGUGAUGACUUACAUUCCCCUCAAUCUCGAGGUUACUACGGUGAUGACAGAUAUCGUGAUGAGGCUAAGCGAUCUGAAAAAGGUGGUCACGUUGAAAAGGGAAACUUGGCAAAGAUCGUAAUUACCAGAGAUCGGUCGGGUCGUGUUAUCCGGUGCGAAGAUGAAGGGCAGUGGGAGGAAAGUGAACGCGAUAGAGGCGACAUUCAGGCACGCGGUCGACGUGGUGGUGGUGGUGGUGAGCGUGAUUAUCGCAGGUACGAUGGUGACAGAGAAAGAGACUGGCGAGAUGAUCGUCGCAGGCGGGAUGAUUGGAAGAAUUUUGAAGAUCAUGGUUCGACGCCAGGUGGGAAUUUUUUUUUUAACGAACCGUCGAUAAAUAACUUUAAGGUUAAAGAUGUCUACACUCCUCCAAAAGAUGCAGUUGAAGUAGAGAAUGGGGUGCUCACUCACUAUGUGAACAAGAGUGACCUACCACUUACGUCUAAGACCCUUCAAGACCGAGUUCAGCAACGCCUCAAGGACAUUGAACGUCGGCACCGCGGUGAACCUGGUGUUGGCGGAGAUGGUGGAGGUCCACCUUCUGGGGAGGGAAAUUGGCGUGGGCGUGGUGGAUUUCGUGGAGUUGGUGAUCGCGGUUUUUACCCUCGAGGGCGUAGCGGUCCCAGAGGUGGUCCACGUGGCAGUUGGCGAGGCUCUUGGCGUGGGGAUGACGGUGGUGGCGAUUGGAGAGGUGGUCGUCGUGGUGGUUGGUAUGGGAAUCGCGAUCGGUACGGUGUUGAUAGGCGCGGUGAUGGAGGUCCUGACGAGUUCCGUAAACGCAGACCGAGACGUAUUUCGCGGGCGCGUAUAAAGACACCACCGCUUGCCCCGUUGACAAAUCGACAGAGCGACUCGGAAGAGCAAAUGGCAGAUGUCGAGCAGUUUGUGGCUCAGCUCCAGGCGAAGCGUCAGCUGCAAGCAGAGCAGGCAGCCGCUGCCACGCAACCCCUCAUCGGACCCCAGAUGCCAUCCGCCUCAACGGAGUAG